UCACAUGAUCAUACCUCGCCUCCGCGCCGCGUUUGAUAAUCUUACAUGUAAGAUAUCGCGAUAACUUCCAACCUCAUCAAUUCUGGCCCAAAAUAUCAAAUUGUGAUCAAUUGAGAAGUUUCAAUAGUAAAACUAAAAAAGGAGUGUCAUCAUCAUCAUCAUCUCUUUUUGAAGCACUUCCUGUUCGAAUUUUAAGCACAAUGGCAACUUCAAUCUUCACCCGCAAACUCGACCUUGGAUAUCUCAUCUACUUCCUUACCCAUAUACCGAUUAUGUUUUGUAUGUCUUAUCUUUUCUAUAGAGUUCUCUACCUUUGACAUGCCCAAUUGCUUUCCGUCUUCAUCUCUUCCCCUGCCUUCGACCUUCUCAAUCCACACUGACCCCAUCCCCUCUCAAUCCACACUGACCCCAUCCCCUCUCAAUCCACACUGACCCCCUCCUCCUAGUAAUGGACCUCCAAGCAAUCUACCCACCCCACCUCGUCCCCUCCUUCCUAACCACCAUAAAGGCCUAUUACAUAACCACCUAUCACGACAUCUUUUUCAUCUCGCCACCUAUCUAUUUUAAACUUUUCAUCUCGUUGGAACUUUUAGUUCAUGUACCUGUUAGUUUGUGGGCUGUGGGGGGUUUGUUGAGAGGUACGUGUCUGUUUUGAGAUUCUGAGAUUUUCAGUUGUUUGUGGGUGUUGAGGGAGUAGAAUAGUGAAGAGGAGUCAAGUUACCGGGAAAUAUUCAAGACAUCAAUGGUGGGAAACUUGACCUGCACAAGUGUGUAAUAUUGAUAUUUGCUUGGAUCAAAAUACUUGAACUCAGUUGGAACAGCUUCUCGAUUCUUCAUUGAGUAAAUAUCAGUCAUCAGAUCAGAUUAUCUACCAUCUCUAUCUUCAUCUGCAUUCUCAAGAUUUUGGAUUACAAUGUUACCUUCUCAUAUCUGCAUCUCAUCUUACACGGUUCACUCGUAUUCAAGAUACUUCAUAUCAAAGAACAAUACCUUUCUCCUAAAAUAUCUCCUAUUUAGUCUUGUACUAUUACCACUGCUCUUUUAUUGUACAUAUUCAUCUCCGACUCCCCUCUUAUUCCCUGUGCGCGUAAUUAAAAUAACCUACAAACCAUCUCUCUUCUGCCUUCUACCUUCCAAACACACCCUCAAUUAUUCCUCCCCUGUCUUACCUUCACCCGUUCCCUCCAUUUCCUACCUAGUUUUCCUUUCCCUCUCUUUCGCUCCAAACCUUUCUCCCUCCCACAACUCCAAACACACCCUCCAAACACCUCGACCCAAACUAACACCCACCACUAGAUUCCCCCUAUACCCCUCUAAUCCUCCUACCCUACGCCCUCGAAGUAUUUCUCACCACUCUAGUCUGCAUCCACGAAUAUCUCUACUGGCCAAUUUCUCUAUCCCAAAAAAUCGAUUUAACUACUCUUUAUGGACCUUAUAUAUUAUUGUGUAUGUAUAUCUAUCAUUUCCUUUUUCCCCUACCCUCCAUUUAUAUAACUCUUAUUCUGCUUCCAAAAAAACACAUAACCACAAAUUGUCAAUUUAUUGGAUCGUGGUUUCUAUGCAGGAAGAUGAAGAGAAUAGAUAUGGCUCUUAUUCCUUUCCUUUUCUCCGACCUAUCCCUUCAUAAAGAUAACAAAAUCAUGAAGCUGUGAAGUUAUACAGGCAUAAGAUCAACAAAACCUAACGAAUAAACCCCCUCCCCCCCACAAACGCUCCCUCCCCUUUCAUCCAACAAAACAUCAACUAACCAAUUAACAAAAUAACUAACCUUUCAAUUCUCCACAGCAAUAAUAAUGUUCAUCGACAUGUUCAUCCGUCUCUCACACAUCAUCUCAUCUUCUCCCUCUACCUCCACCCACAACAACAACAAGAACAAUAAAAAAUCGAAGAAAAACAUCUAAUUUCGCCAUAAAAACCAACAUCAUCUCAAUCCCAAUCCCAAUUCCAAUAUCAAAGGGUACUCACGCAUCCAUUCAUUCACUUAAUACUCAUAUAUACCCGUCAAUUUCUCCCAAAAACUUAUAUCUAUUCAUCCAUUCAUUCAUUCAACCAUUCAACAGCCUACACACACCCAUCCAUCCACUCAAUACUCAUAUAUAUACCCACCACUUCCUCCUAACAAUUAUUCAUCAAAUCUCUCAUCAUAUCACA